GCUGAGAUUGAGCAAGUCCAAACUAAUGGAACAACUAUGUAUAGGCAUUACCCGCGGAGUCAACAAGAUAUAGACAUAGGGAACUCGAUGGACGAUCAACCACCCAGAAAAUAACAUCAUACACUGCAUAUGGAUCACACUCGCCGGGAGUCCCCAGGUACAGAAUUAUCCGAACGAAUCAACGCGGAAGCAGACAGAAGUGAAACAAGCCGUCGUCGGCCGACAGACGAACAGAAGAAAGCAACAUAUAGGUUAAAAGCAACCAGAGUAUCCCAAAAAGCACAACAAAACCCAAUGCAGACGUAUAUCGUUUCCGCCUUUCUAGAUCCCAGAAAGCAUGAGCAACUCCGGAACCUAGAUGAGCGCCGAGAUGGCAAAAAUGCCGCGCUUUCUAUACAUCGUCGCGGACAUAGGCAAAGCAGGUGAUUUUCCCUAACCGAAGGAAGAAAAUGAGGUAUCGUGGGUGAUGAAACGCAAAAAUCGAGUCGCAGGCGCCGUCGCUCGCAAGAAGCCGACAUCAGAGUCUAGGUAUAAGUGUGUUCGAAGUCGUCAUCGGUAAAAAGUGUAUAUACAGAGAAUAACUGGUUUAG